AUGGUUCUCCAUCCAGUUCUCUCCAGAGAGCAGAUUCUUGAGCAGGUUGUCUCUAACAAGGCCUACUACAACAAUACCCAGAAUGUUGAAGAUCCAAAGAUUGAAGCCAUCUUCUCCAACUCAGAUGAACAGUUGUUGGCACAGAUUGGGUAUAAACCGGAAUUGAAAAGACAUUUUCUGACACUCCAGGCGUUUGGGGUUGCCUUUUCCAUCAUGGGAUUGUUACCAUCUAUUGCUUCUAUCUUGGCCCAGGGAUUGGUAGCCGGUCCUGCUGGAUGUUUGUGGGGAUGGGUAAUUUCAUCCAUUCUCAUCUUGACUAUUGCAAUUUCGAUGUCUGAAAACGGUCUGAGUAUUCCCACUUCUGGUGGUUUAUACUACUGGACAAAUUACUACGCCCCUCCUCGUUUUAAGACUAUUUUCUCAUACCUUAUCGGCAACACCAACUCCAUUGCCUUGAUCGGUGCCUUGUGCUCUGUAGAUUACGGAUUCGCAGUGGAAGUAUUGUCUGUUGUAGUCAUUGCCAAAGAUGGAGACUUUGAAAUAACGCCAGCAAAGACUUACGGUAUCUUCGUAGCCUGUGUCUUGCUACACAUCGCCAUCACCUGCUUUUCUUCCAAAAACUGUGCUUAUCUCCAGACUACGUCUAUCGUGGUAAAUCUUGCUAUCAUUGUAUUAUACAUUAUUGCGUUACCAAUUGGAGCAAAAGGGAACUUCAAGCCUGCCAAGUUUGUCUUUGGGGAGUUUGAUAAUAUUUCCAAUUGGCCCAUCGGCUGGACCCAACUUAGUGCAGCUUGGCUACCAGCAAUCUGGACCAUUGGAGCCUUUGACUCCGUCAUCCACAUGAGUGAGGAAGUUAAAGACGCAGAACAUACCAUCCCAAUCGGAAUAUUGGGCUCCGUUAUCGCCUGUGGUUCUAUCGGUACUGUGAUCUUGAUUAUUACUUUCUUCUGUAUCCAAACCAACGAUAUUGAAACUGAUAUCUUGGGCUCCAAAUUCGGUCAACCAUUGGCUCAGAUCAUCUUUGAUGUCUUAGGUAAGAAGUGGGCUUUGACAUUUAUGGUUCUUAUUGCUUUUGCCCAAUUCUUGAUGGGUGCCUCGAUCUUAACCGCCAUUUCUCGUCAAAUCUGGGCUUUUGCCAGAGACAAUGGCUUGCCAUUCUCUCGUAUAAUCAAGAAGGUCAACAAGAAGUUGUCCGUGCCUAUCAACGCUGUAUGGUUCGGUGGUAUUAUGUCCAUUAUCAUCGGGUUAUUAGUGUUGAUUGGAACUGUCGCUGCCAAUGCACUCUUCACAUUGUACAUUGCUGGUAACUACGUAGCGUGGGGAACUCCAACUUUCUUGAGAUUAACCACUGGCAGAAAGAAAUUCAAGCCAGGAAAGUUCUGGUUGGGCCCAGUGUUCUCACCCUUGAUCGGGUGGACCUCCACCAUCUUCAUUGUCUUUACUUUCUUCAUGGUGAUGUUCCCAGCUAACACCAACCCAGACAAAGAUAGCAUGAAUUAUACCUGUGUGAUCACACCCAGUGUGUGGAUCUUUUCUUUGAUAUACUAUUACGUCUAUGCCCACAAGAUUUACCAUGGUCCUUGUAAGACUAUUGAUGAUGUGGAUGAAACUUCUCUGGAAGCUGGAAUAGAUGCUGUCAUAGAUGGAGUUGAUCCUCAGGGAGACAGCGAUAAGGUAUCUCAGACUAAUGUCAAUGUUUUGGAGAAGGUCUAA